GUUGCGCGCGCCUACCGCGCCGGACGCGACGGCCCGGGAUCCCGAAACCCCUCGCCAGAUCCAAGCCCGCGGGCCCCGCCCCUCUCCCAUGAACGCGCUCCUCCGGGCCUCCCAGGACCCGGCCUCCCCGGCUCAGUCGGCGCCCGCGGCGCCGACCCCCGAGAAUUUGUUCUGUGACGCGAUGUCCCCUGCGCUGGCCCAAUCGACGUCGUCGGCCGGGGCCGAGCCCCUGCGCGAGGCCGCGCGGCCGUCGGCGGCGUCUAGGCCGUCGGCGUCCGGCGCGCCCCGGUCGGCCGGGCGGGUCCUGAGCACGGGGCGGUGGACGGCCGAGGAGCACGAGGAGUUCAUCAAGUGCCUCGCGAUCUACGGCCGCGAGUGGAAGAAGGUCAGCGAGCGCAUCACGACGCGCACGGCGGCCCAGAUCCGGAGCCACGCCCAGAAGUACUUCAAGAAGAUCCAGUCCGGCAACGCGGGCGAGCCGGACGGCGGCGAGGGCGCGGCCGCGGCGCCGCCGCCGGCCGCGCCCGCGGCGGCCCCGGCGCCCGAGGUCGAGGCGCCCAUCUCGAGCCACGGCGCCCUGAGCGCCAUCGACGACAUGCUGCGCCAGCUCCGCAAGAAGCGCAUCGCGCUCUGCGACGUCGCCGCCGCCGACGCGCGGUCCGCGAACGUUCCCCGGUGCUCGCCCGACGGGUCGCCGGCCCUCUCCCCCGCGCCGUCCGAGGACGACGAGGCCGCGGCGCCCAACGCGGAGAACGCGGCGCCGCCCGCCGACGACGCGACGGCCGUGUCCUGCGAGGACCGGUCGCCGCCGCCGGCGUACCGCGUGCUCGACGAGGGCUCCGCGGAGGCGCGGCCGCCCGUCCGGCCGCGGCCCCCGGCGCCCGGCGAGGCCCUCCGCCUCGCGCGGAAGCGCGCCGCCGAGGAGCCCGCCGCCGGCGCGGACCCGAAGCUCCUCCGCCGCCGCGUGACGUGCGAGGACCUCCAGGGCCUCGAGCACCGCGAGCUCAUCGCGCUCGAGAUGCUCUGCUCGCGGAGCUCCCUGUCCAUGCGCCGCGCCGACGCCGAGGACCGGAGCUCCCUGUCCAUGCGCCGCGCCGACGCCGAGGACCGCCCGCCGCCGCUCGCGUCCUGCUAGCGGCGCCGGCGGGCCGACCCCCGGCAGUCUCCCGCUCUCCGGCCUCUCUCUCGAGGACCGCCGCCCGGGCCGCCGCAGCGCGGCCCGGCGCGCGGGCCGCCCAUCCCCGUGUACACACCGCAACGGAAAAUCGCGCCUCCCUGACUAUAGUAUAACACGAGUAUAAUCUGAUGGCUG